AGCCCCCGCCGGCACCCUGGAAGGGGAGCGAGAAGGUGGGAUUCUCCGAUCGCAACUAACCCAGCCGCUCCGCUCUCGGGGGCUUUGAACCCGAAUCGGAGCGUGGCGGCGAGGCCGGACUGGAAAGGGUGAAAUGAGGAAGGGGGGGGGGGCAGGCGGAGUGGCGGGGGGGGGGGGAGGAAGGAGGUCUGUAAAACGUCAGGAACAGCCCCGAGUCUUUGCCACGUAAUUAGAGGCUCCUAUUAAGUCUGGCUCUGCUGCCCUCCCCAGGGUCUGGCCAGCUCCCCCCCCCCCCUACAUGCCAGGCUGUGCCGUUUGAAGUGCCAGAGAGCCGCUGGGGGGGAGUGAACAGGAGGCGGAAAGUCCCCCCCCCCCUCCGCCCCAAUCUGCCUCCUCCUCCUCCUCCUCCGGCCAGCAGCCGCGGGGAUCCGGAGUGGCGCUCAGUCCGUCGGCGGAGCCCAGCUGCGCCCCUCCCGCCGGCCCGCCCCUGCUGCCUUGCCCCUCGGCCGGCCGGCCGUCGCAGGAGCGCGCCCAGGCCAGGGGAGAGAGCCUGGGGGGCGGCCGGGAGAGCCUGGGGGGCGCCGGGCCCGUGGAUUCCCUCGGAGGGACUUGGCUCGACGGCACCGCUGCGGUGCGGAGGGGAGGCUUGCCGGUGGGGCGCGCCGUCUGUGCUGGCCGGGAGCCCCUUCCCUUCUGCUCUCGCCUUCGCCCUCCCCGGUCCGGGGGGGCCGCCAGCCAUGACUUCCAGCUACGCGCACGUCCUGGACCGGCCGCCCCCCGCCCUGGCCGGUCGCCUGGACGGCCCCGGCGGCCACCUGGACAGCCUGCAGGCCAAGAAGAACUUCUCCGUCAGCCACCUGCUGGACCUGGAGGAAGCCGGCGACUUGGCGGCGGCUCAAGGCGACGAGGGCGUCGGGGAAGGCGGCCGGAGCCUGCUGGAGUCGCCCGGGCUGACCAGCGGCAGCGACACGCAGCAGCAGGAAGGUGACCCCCUGAAUUCAGAAGAGAAGAAGAAGAGAAAACAAAGAAGGAACCGAACCACCUUCAACAGCAGCCAGCUGCAGGCACUGGAGAGAGUUUUUGAGCGGACACACUACCCGGAUGCCUUUGUACGAGAAGACCUUGCACGCCGGGUUAAUCUCACUGAAGCCAGGGUUCAGGUAUGGUUUCAGAACAGAAGGGCCAAGUUCCGCCGAAAUGAGAGAGCCAUGCUGGCGAACAAGAACGCAUCCCUCCUCAAGUCCUACUCAGGAGACGUGACUGCGGUGGAGCAGCCAAUAGUACCGAGGCCGGCUCCGAGGCCCACUGACUAUCUCUCCUGGGGGACUGCUUCUCCAUACAGUGCCAUGGCCUCCUAUUCACCUUCCUGCACCAAUGCCAGCCCUGCCCAGGGCAUGAAUAUGGCCAACAGCAUUGCCAAUCUGAGACUGAAGGCAAAGGAAUACAGUUUACAAAGGAACCAGGUGCCGACAGUGAAUUAGAGACAGCAGGGAGAACGUCCUCCUUUGAGGACGAGCGACGCCAAAGAGGCCGCCAUCUUGUUUUCGCAGUGUAUUCGAAUCCGGAACAUGAGACAGAACCAACUAAAAUUGAAAAACGAAAACAAAGAAAAACAAAAUUCAACCUUGGAAAUAAAAGCAAGAUUCAAAAUGAAGAGAAAAUGGCUACCCGUAUAACUCUCCCCACAAAAUUCAGUGCCCUCAAACCAGCCCUCUUCAGUGGAGGAUACCAAAGCUUAUGUUUACCUUAAAAAUGACUGCAAAUCAAACCACACCCAUUCUGCACUUGAAUCUCUCUCCUUCCGCCUGCACCUGAGAUUGUAUGACUGCCAACAGACCUUUUCUAUGCAGGCUUUCUAAAAUGGAUUUUCAAACCCUGCCUUCAUCCUCCAAAGCAUGGAUAAAUCAACAUUAGCAUCCAACUUUUGAUAUUGUUUGUUGCCUAGAAGGGUUUCUUUUCUUGUCAUCUUUUGGAACCCAGACUUGAUUUAGAAUGUUUUUGGACAGACCAUGUAAAACCAUAGUUUAAUAUUAAGUAUUUUAAGUUUCUGAAGCCAGGAUUUGACUUGCAUUCAACCUUUCUUGGUUGUGACCGGUGCGAGUUUUGUUGUCUUACUCCUUCCCUAUCACGCCCCACAGACCUGGCUGGUACUCUGUUGCUCAGAAAGAUGAUAGUAUGGUCUGUCAGUUGAGGUGCAGUGGUCAAGAAAAUUGUCUGCUUCCACAUUAGAAUAUAGUCCUGAACAAUGGUGGGAUCCAAAAAUUUUAGUAACCGGUUCCCAUGGUG